AACUCCUCGUGGCUCCCCAGUUUUAACCAAAACCUGUGGGUCGGUUCGGUUAUCCUAAGACUCGCUUAAACCCAAAACCACAAAACCAUGGGCAGUUUCUGUCUGCUCCCACAAAACCAGUUGCUUCAAAAACACAAACACACACACACACUCUCUCUCUCUCUUUCUCUUUUUCUCUUUAAUAGUCACUCUUCUCUCUCCCCAACAACCCAAUCCAUCAUCAACUUCUAUGUAAUGCCAUCCCAUCCUAAAAUACUGUCAUUUUUACUUUAUGUUCUUCACUUUUGCUUACUGAAAGUGAAUGGUGUCAUGCCACACACACUUGGUUCUCUCCCAAUCAUUCGUUAACAGGACAACACCAUUUUUGUACUGUUCAACUAUUGGAUUAACGGGUAAGUGUCUUUCCUUCGAAGUUUGUAGCUUUUUGGGUCAGAUUGGAGAACAAAAAGGUUGUUAAUUUGAUUAGGUAGUUGGGGUUAGAAUUGGUGUUGAUGGAAUCCAAUGGACUAGGUAGUGGAAUGUUCUCUGGAUUACUAGGAGGAGUAGAAAACCCUUUACAACAACAACAGCAAAACCUUCCCAAUCAGCAAAAUCCUCACCAUUUGCACCAUUCCCAAAUGGUUUCUUAUGCCACCCACCAUGACACUGAUCCACACACACAUCUUCAGCAAUCAAUGAAACAUGGGUACCCUCCCUUUUCAGCGAAGAACAAGCAACAACAAAGCGCCCUCAGUGAUGAAGAUGAUCCUGUUGAUGAUUCCUCUGGGGACCCCAAGAGGAAGGUCUCACCAUGGCAGAGAAUGAAGUGGACUGAUACCAUGGUUAGACUCUUGAUAAUGGCGGUUUAUUACAUUGGUGAUGAGGGUGGUUCAGAUGUGAGUGAUCCCACUGGGAAGAAGAAGUCCACUGGUUUGAUGCAGAAGAAAGGGAAGUGGAAAUCAGUGUCAAGGGCUAUGAUGGAAAAGGGAUUCUAUGUGUCUCCUCAGCAAUGCGAGGAUAAGUUCAAUGACUUGAACAAGAGGUACAAGAGAGUGAAUGAUAUUCUUGGCAAAGGAACAUCUUGUAGGGUGGUGGAGAAUCAGAACUUGUUGGAUACAAUGGACUUGGCACCAAAGAUGAAAGAUGAAGUUAAGAAGUUGCUCAAUUCCAAGCAUUUGUUCUUCAGGGAAAUGUGCGCUUAUCAUAAUAGUUGUGGUCAUGGGAAUCCCACUGUUCCACAACAGCAAGUGGAGCCUGGGACCGAGGUGUCUCAGUCUCAACCACAACAGCAACAGCAGCAACAACAACAACAACAGCAACAACGUUGUUUUCAUUCAUCAGAGAAUGUGGUGGCAAAUUUAGGUGGUUCUGGGGUAGAGGGUUUGAGGAUGUUGAAAGCGGGAAUUGGGGAAGAGGAUGAUGAUGAUGAUGAAGAUGAUGACUCCGAGGACUAUUCUGAUGAUGAUGAAGAUGACUCAGGAGAAGGUGGUUCAAAGGGUCAAGUUGGGCAUGGACAUGAAGAUGAGGAUGAGAAUGAGAAUGAUGGAAGGUCAAUAAGGAAGAAGUCAAGGAAAGUAGGCGGGUUUUCUAUGUCACCACAGUUGAUGCAGCAACUGAGUAGUGAGGUGAGCGGUGUGUUCCAAGAUACGGGUAAGAGCACUUGGGAGAAAAAGCAAUGGAUGUGGAGCAAGAUAAUGCAGUUGGAGGAGCAGAAAAUAAGCUAUCAAACACAAGCAUUUGAGCUUGAAAAGCAGCGGUUGAAAUGGGCAAGGUUUAGCAGCAAAAAGGAGAGGGAAAUGGAGAGAGCCAAACUUGAAAAUGAACGCAGAACGCUUGAAAAUGAGAGAAUGGUUUUGCUCAUUCGCCAAAAGGAGCUUGAAUUGUUGAGUCUUCAACACCACCAGCAACAACAGCAGCAACAACAGCAGCAACAUUCUUCCACCUAAAUUUUAUGGUAGAUGAAAUUACAGUAUAGCUAGAUAGAAUGUAGAUUAGGCAAAACAGAUGAAAGUGGUUGUCCUCUUUUUUGGGUUUAUUAAGUUGUUUCUAAUUGGGAAAAGAAAUAGUAACAUGCUUGUACCUACCAUCUAGACAAUAGAUACCCUUUGUAUUUUCAAAUUAUUAUUAUUAUUAUUAUUAUUGUUUUAAACCAAG